AUGAAGUGUCAAUCGGUAGCCUGUAUUUGGUCAGGCUCUCCACCUGUUCACGUAGUCACCGCCACAGCUGUAAUCAAUCGACCUCCGACACUCUACACCGGCGGAUCCGAUGGCUCUAUCAUCUGGUGGAACCUAUCCCUCACUGAUUCCAAUCAGGAAAUAAAAGCAGUUGCUAUGUUGUGUGGUCAUGCAGCACCAAUAGCUGAUCUUGGCAUAUGUGUUCCUGAUGCAACUUUGGGAGAUCAAAACUUAGACGAUCCAACUAAUGAGGCAUUGCAUUCUAACUCAGCUAAAUAUGGAGCACUAAUAAGUGCGUGUAAUGAUGGUGUAUUGUGUGUUUGGAGCAGAGGCAGUGGGCAUUGCAGGCGCAGAAGGAAGAUGCCACCUUGGGUGGGGAGUCCUUCCAUGGUUCGAACAUUGCCUGAAAAUCGGAGAUAUGUCUGUAUAGCCUGUUGUUUCGUUGAUGCGGUUCAUUUAUUUAACUAUAAGUCACUUGAUUCCACUGAAAGGGAUGAGGCUUUGGGGGAUAGAGAAUCACAUCACACAAAAGCUUCCCAAUGCACGGUCGUAAUUGUGGAUUCAUAUACUCUUACCAUUGUCCAAACCAUUUUUCAUGGUAAUUUAUCUAUUGGCCCUUUGAAGUUCAUGGCUGUAAUUUUUUCCGGUGGGGAUAUGGAGAAGCAAUCAGUGAUGAUGGUUGAUUCGUUUAGUAAAAUACAAUGUGUUGCGAUAUUAAAGGAAAAUGAAACAAAUGGAGAAAAUGAAAAUGAAACAAAUGCAGAAAAUGUGACUGGCUUGCGAAAAAUUUCCUCGCAUCUAGAGUUGACUGGUUGUGUGGAUGGAUCAAGUGAAGGGGGACUGAUAGUGGCAUUUGCAACCUGUGGGCAGGUUUUAGCAUUUGUAUAUAGAACCUACUGCAUAUUCAGGCUAGUGGAUGGUGGUACAACAUUGGGAAAGAUUUCUUUCAUAGAUAAUCAGCUUUGUGUUGACGGAAGUGCAACUCAAUUGUACAUUAUAGGUGGCAUGUUUCUUGAAGGCCGUGAUGCUAGGAUGACACUGAAUACUGGUGAAUCCCAAAGCAUAUUUGUAGAAAAUUUUGCUGUGUGGAACAAUAGAGGUUCUGCAGUUGUGUAUAAAUUAUCAUAUUCAAGCAACAUGUUCAGGUUUGAGCCUGUAUAUGCUAUCCCUGCUGUUUCUCAUCCUUCUCAUGUGAGAGUGUCUAUUUCUUUUAUUCAAUUGGAUCACUAUCUUCUUCGUGCUGAAUCUAUUUUCUUUCAUACCGAAGAACCUUUGCUGGGGAAGGCUCAUGUCACAAUUUGGUCAUUGCGUCAUCAACUUCAUAACAACAGUAAGUUUUGUCAAGAGUGUGAAAUGCUUGGAGAAGGCAGUUUUUUUGAUGACUGGAUCAUGAAUGCUACUACUCCUUAUAAAAUCGAGGGCCUCAAGCAUGACAUUGGCAUAAAACAGAGAGACAAGCUAAAUGAAUUAGCUUCCCUGCGUAAUUGUGCUCCAUGUCCAAAGAAUUCAGAUGGUAUAAUUUCAGGCGAUGAACAAUAUGAUUGUUACCGAGAAGGACAGCUCAUAUCUUCAUCAAUGGUUAUUUCUGAAAACUACAAAUCACCAUAUGCCAUUGUUUAUGGAUUCUAUAGUGGCGAAAUAGAAGUUGUGCAUUUUGAUUUGUUCUAUGAGGGACGUGAUUUUCGUGAUGGAAGUCCACACCAUGAAGCAGGGUCACAUGCAUCUAGACAAUGUCUUUUAGGGCACACUGGGGCUGUACUAUGUUUGGCUGCUCAUCGCAUGGUGGGUAACUGCAAAGGGUGGAGUUUUAAUCAUGUUUUAGUGUCAGGAAGCAUGGAUUGCACGAUCCAUAUAUGGGAUCUUGAAUCUCUCAGUCUCAUUACAGUUCUGCACCAUCAUGUAGCUCCGGUACGCCAAAUAAUUUUUCCCCCUUGUCAAACUGAUCGUCCAUGGAGUGAUUGCUUUCUCUCUGUUGGAGAUGACUCUUGUGUUGCACUUGCCUCGCUGGAGACUUUGCGGGUGGAGAGAAUGUUUCCUGGACAUCCAUAUUACCCAGCAAAAGUUGUAUGGGAUAGUGUGAAAGGCUAUGUAGCAUGUCUCUGCCUGAACUAUUCUGGAACAUCUGAUGCGUCUGAUGUUUUGUACAUCUGGGACACAAAGACGGGUGCUCGUGAGCGGGUUCUUCGUGGAAAUGCUUCUCAUUCGAUGUUUGAUCAUUUUUGUAGUGGUAGCAACAGAGAUCCCCUUUCUGCUAGUGUGACUAAUGUGAACACUUCGGUUUCCUCCUUACUUCUUCCAGUAAAUGAAGAAGUAAAAUUUUCACAAUCUCACUCGCAAAAUUUAGGGAAGGGAACUACAUCAGCAAACAUCCCCGCAGUUACUACAAACAUGACUGAGUGCAAUAGUUCCCAAACACGUGCGAGUAAAGGAAGUGUUUCAGAAACACUUCCAAUUACACAGCCAGUCUUUCAAAGCAGCAACCAUCCAAUCAAAAGCUCUUGCCCAUUUCCUGGAAUUGCCACUCUGAAUUUUGACCUUGCGUCAUUGAUGUCUCUUUGUCAGAAACAUGAAAUCCUUAAAGAUGGAGGCAAUAAUCCAGUGAAAAGCCAUGUAAAUGAAGUACGAGCUGAAAUUCUGAAAAAUGCUNUCUUUCAAAGCAGCAACCAUCCAAUCAAAAGCUCUUGCCCAUUUCCUGGAAUUGCCGCUCUGAAUUUUGACCUUGCGUCAUUGAUGUCUCUUUGUCAGAAACAUGAAAUCCUUAAAGAUGGAGGCAAUAAUCCAGGGAAAAGCCAUGUAAAUGAAGUACGAGCUGAAAUUCUGAAAAAUGAUGCUCAUAGGAGAGAGAAAACUCAUCUAAAUGAACAGAGGGUUGAGAUGCCAAGUCCCCAUCAUAUUACGAUGGAUGAUGAAUUUGAUUUACAUAACACCUCGGCUGAUACUAUACAUGAUUAUGACUGGGUUCAAUCUCUCGAAGGACGUCUACUUCGGUUUAGCUUGUCCUUUUUGCACUUUUGGAACGUAGAUUUGGAGCUUGAUAAGUUGCUAAUAACUGGCAUGAAGCUCAAAAGACCAGAGGAUUUCAUUGUGGCUUCUGGUUUGCUGGGGGACAGAGGGUCUCUGACAUUGGCACUUCCUGGUUCUAGUGCUACUCUUGAGCUUUGGAAGUUGUCAUCAGAGUACUGUGCAAUGAGAUCACUGGCAAUGGUGUCCCUUGCUCAGCACAUGAUUAGCUUGUCUCAUUCCUGUUCAGAGGCCAGCAGAGUGGCGAUGUGGGUGGUUACUUUUGAUUUGCAGGAGGGUGGUGACUAUGUGUUGCUGGUGGUGACUGUCGCUGGAGGAUUGAGUAAGUGGUGGUUGUCACUGGUUGUGGUUGUGGUUGUGGUCGUGGUCGCUUGUUCUGUGACUUCUUUGUGCUUCCGUGGUUUAGCAGCAUUUUAUACACGGAACUUUGCAGAAAAAGUUCCAGAUAUAAAGCCACCUUUGCUUCAGCUUUUGGUGAGUUUUUGGCAAGAUGAAUGUGAACAUGUGAGAAUGGCUGCUCGCUCUUUAUUUCACUGUGCUGCUUCGCGGGAUGUUCCACUUCCCUUGUGCAGUCAAAAAGCAAGUGAUCAUGCAAAAUUUCUAGGCUCUCUAAAUGAAGUAGCAGAAAGUGAGCCUGAAAUUCCAAGCUUGGAGGAGCUGUCCUCAAACAGUUUAAAAUCUGACAAGCAGCCAGAAAGACAAGGAUGCUGUCAGGCCGAAGAAUCUGAAAUAUCAGCAUGGCUAGAAUCAUUUGAAGUGCAAGACUGGAUUUCUUGUGUUGGGGGAACAAAUCAAGAUGCAAUGACCUCUCAUAUUAUUGUUGCUGCUGCCCUGGCCGUUUGGUACCCUAGCCUUGUGAAGCCAAUUGUCUCUAGGCUGGUUGUUCAUCCGUUAAUGAAGUUGGCUAUGGCCAUGAAUGAAAAAUAUAGUUCAACUGCAGCAGAGCUUCUGGCAGAAGGUUUGGAGAGCACAUGGAUGGCAUGCAUUGGUUCGGAAAUACCUCGUUUAAUUGGAGAUAUAUUUUUUCAGAUAGAGAGUUUUAGUGGUGCAUCUGCUAACUCAUUGGCACAAAGUCCAAAUAUGUCUAUUAGCAUGCGGGAAAGUUUGGUUGAGAUUCUUCUUCCAAGUUUAUCAAUGGCUGAUAUACAGGCAUUUUUACAUGUGAUAGAAAGACAAAUCUGGUCUACUGCAUCUGAUUCACCUGUUCAUGUAGUAUCCCUCAUGACUCUCAUCAGGGUUGCACGUGGUUCUCCAAGAAACUUAGCUCAAUACCUUGAUAAGACAAUGGACCCUGGUAACUCGGUCAUGCGCAAAACUUGCUUUCAGAGUUCAACGGCAGCACUGAAGGAAGUUGUACGUGUAUUUCCUAUGGUAGCCCUGAAUGACACAUCAACCCGAUUGGCUGUUGGGGAUGCAAUCGGAGAGAUUGACAAUGCUAGCAUUCUAGUAUAUGAUAUGCACAGCAUGUCAAAAAUAAAGGUAUUGGAUGCAAGUGGACCUCCAGGACUUCCAACUUUGCUUGGAGGAAAUUCAGAAACCAUGUUAAGUACUGCGAUUUCAGCUCUAUGCUUUUCACCAGAUGGAGAGGGGCUAGUUGCUUUUUCUGAGCAUGGGUUGAUGAUCAGAUGGUGGUCAUUGGGAUCAGUAUGGUGGGAGAAACUCAGCCGGAAUCUUGUUCCUGUCCAAUGCACCAAACUGAUUUUCGUCCCUCCAUGGGAAGGAUUCUCACCUAAUUCUACUAGGUCCAGCAUAAUGGCAAGUGUAAUGGGUGAUGAUAAACAGUCCAGUUCGCAGGAGAACACUGGUGGUCUGAGCGACACCGACAGACUGAAACUCUUGAUUCACAAUCUUGAUCUUUCUUAUCGGCUGGAAUGGGUGAACUCCCUGAAGGUUCCUUCUCAAAUAGAGAGAUGCAAAUUUUCUGGAUAUAUGUUCUUACUUCUUCACAAGUCUAGGGACCUCAGCUUCUCAUACUGUCAAACUUGUGGGCGGCAGUCCUUGUUUUCACCAAAGAAUAUAUAUGGCCUAAAUGUCGCGGGACAGCUCAAAAUUCAUGUCAACCAUUUGUUUUCAGAAUCAUCUUCAUUUUUUGGUGUUUUUUGGAGGAGGGGCGGCGGUGGCGGAUUUAGAAUGGGUUUACCACAAUAG